AUGUUGGAAGUUUUGUUGUCUCCGUUUCGAUUCGUCUGUCACUUCAUUCAGUGCAUAUUUCUAUUUCUUGGUGAAAGAAAACAACCCAUAGAGGAGGUCAACGAGUUUUGUGAUUAUUUUCAAAAUCUGCAAACACCGUCGAACGAAUUAUUCGAGAGAUGUACUUAUGGCCAGCUGAUGAGUGCCAUAAGGAAAGAUCCUCAAUAUGUCGUGCUGUACUUCAACGAUCUAAGUGACCAGCAUAGUCUCCAGUUCUCCAAGUUCGUCUCCAUUUUUAUUUCCAAUUUUUUCUCUCUAGCUAGGUGGUUAAUGACGUCAGGAGCGCUGAUGAGUAAGCUGAUGAAAUAUAUGGAUGACAAUGAAGGCUUCCUUUAUCAAGCCAAGAUGGACAGGAUGGAGCAGCUUUCGAACCAGAGCAUAAGGGAACAACAGGACAAUGAGUAUCUACAAUCAUUGAAAGAGCGAUUGAAGAAAGAAAGAGAACAGGAGAAGAGAAGGAUGGAGGAAGAGAGGCUGGAGAAACAUCGGUCUCGCACUGACCUCCGUGAGAUGUUGAGGACGAAACUGAUGGAUGAACCAGAUGCUGAUAGUGCAGCCGAAUGUACUAGGUGCCUGAUAAGAUUGCCAAACGGACUGCGAUUGGACAGAAGAUUUCACAUGGACUCUCCUCUGGAGCAACUAUACAUCUUCCUCAUGCUCCAUGAAUCCUCUCCGAAUGAAUUCCGGAUAAACACAAACUACCCACGAAGGGAAAUUCCGCCUCCAAAAUUCCUCUCAACCAAUCAGGUUGAAGGUAGCAUUUCCAGUUCACCCAGUGGCAGCUCAGGUGGUAACGACGUUGACGACGGUGGUUGUGGUAUGACGUUCAGGCAGUUUGGCUUCAAUAAAACUGAGGCUCUUUUCGUCCUUGAUCUGGAGGCCUGA